UGGACCCUGUGGUUCUGGAAAACUAAGCUGCCAUGCCUGGUGCCUACAAAGGAGAAUGUGGGGAUGGUGUGGACCCCAUGCCCUUCCUGGCUCCUUCUGAGAAGGAGAAACUGGAGGUCAUGAGCAAGUCCUACGACAUCAAAAAGUCCUGCUGGGUGAAGGAUGAAAAGGAGGGCUUUGUUGCUGCUGAGAUCCAGACUGACCAGGGUGACCAAGUUACUGUCAAGACAGUGAAAAAUGCAGUAAGACCCCUGUUAGUUCUCUAUAUGCUAAGUUUAUACAUGUUAUUGCAUUUCCUUGGCUUUCUUCUCUAGACCCUCACCCUGAAGAAGGAUGACAUUCAGCAGAUGAACCCGCCCAAGUUCUACCAGGCUAAUGACAUGGCUAACUUGACCUUCCUCAAUGAGGCUAGCGUCCUGGAAAACCUUCGCCAGCGCUACGUCUGCAUGAGGAUCUACACCUACUCUGGCUUGUUCUGUGUCACUAUCAACCCUUACAAGUGGCUACCCAUUUAUGGGUCGAAAGUUGCCCAAAUGUACAAGGGGAAGAAGCGUAGCGAGGCCCCUCCUCAUCUUUUCUCCAUCUCUGACAACGCCUAUCAUGACAUGAUGAUGGAGCACGAAAACCAGUCCAUGCUGAUCACCGGAGAGUCUGGUGCCGGCAAGACUGAGAACACCAAGAAGGUUAUCCAGUACUUUGCCAACGUCGGGGCCACUGGGGGCAAACCAAGUUCAGAUAGCAAGGGCUCCCUGGAAGAUCAAAUCAUCCAGGCUAACCCAGUGCUGGAAGCUUUUGGCAACGCCAAAACAACCAGAAACAACAACUCCUCUCGAUUUGGUAAAUUCAUCCGAAUCCAUUUUGGGCCAACGGCUAAGCUGGCUGGUGCUGACAUUGAGACCUACCUGCUGGAGAAGUCGCGGGUCAUCUCCCAGCAAUCCGCAGAGCGCGGUUACCACAUCUUCUACCAGCUGCUGUCUGGGAAGAAGCCCGUGCUACUCGAGGCGCUGCUGUUAAAUCCAGACCCAAAACAGUAUGUGUGGAUUUGCCAGGGCGUGACCACAGUGGACAAUAUGGACGACGGAGAAGAACUAAUGCUCACAGAUGAAGCUUUUGAUGUGCUGGGUUUCACCACGGAGGAGAAGAUGAGCGUCUACAAGCUCACAGGUGGAAUCAUGCACUUCGGCAACAUGAAGUUCAAGCAGAAGCCGAGGGAGGAGCAAGCGGAGGUUGACACCACUGAAGUGGCCGACAAAGUUGCCCACCUCAUGGCAGUCAACUCCGGUGACCUGCAGAAGGGCAUCACCAGACCUCGCGUCAAGGUGGGAAAUGAAUUCGUGACCAAAGGACAGAAUCACGACCAGUGCGUGUACUCCAUUGGUGCCCUGGGCAAAGCUAUAUAUGACAGAAUGUUUAAAUGGAUGGUCACCAGGAUCAACAGGACCCUGGACACCAAGAUGCAACGCGAGUAUUUCAUUGGUGUCUUGGAUAUUGCAGGCUUUGAGAUCUUUGAGGUUAGGAAUUGUCAUAAUAAAUAUAGGUAUAUUACAGUAUAGUUGUGAACAGACAUUUUUCUGUUUCCCUACUUGUAGUUCAACAGCUUUGAGCAGCUGUGCAUCAACUUUACCAAUGAGAAGCUGCAACAGUUUUUCAAUCACCACAUGUUUGUGCUGGAACAAGAGGAGUACAAGAAGGAGGGGAUAGAAUGGGUCUUCAUUGACUUUGGCUUGGACCUGCAAGCUUGCAUUGAUCUUCUGGAGAAGCCAAUGGGAAUCUACUCUAUCCUUGAAGAGCAGUGCGUGUUCCCCAAGGCUACUGAUGCCACCUUCAAGGCUGCCUUGUAUGAAAAUCAUCUGGGCAAGUCUGGCAACUUCCUGAAGCCCAAGGGUGGGAAGAAAGGUCCCGAGGCUCAUUUUGAGCUGAUCCACUACGCUGGCACAGUGAGUUCACAAGCCAGCCAACUGUGUCAUGUGGAAGAGCCUUUGACUGUCAUACAAAGAGUGCCCUUCUCAGCCCACCUCUGCUUCUGCUCUCAGGUUGGGUAUAAUAUCUCAGGCUGGCUGGAGAAGAACAAAGACCCACUGAACGAGACAGUCGUUGGGCUCUUCCAGAAGUCCUCCAUGGCUCUGCUGGCCCACCUCUUCAAAGAGGAGGAGAGCGCUGCUGGGACUAAAAAGCAGAAGAAGGGCUCUUCCUUCCAGACCGUUUCCGCUUUCUACAGGGAACAGCUGAACAAACUGAUGAGCACAUUACGCAGCACUGCUCCACACUUCGUCCGCUGCAUUGUGCCUAACGAGUUUAAAAAAUCGGGUGUGUGUGACGCAUUCCUCGUCCUGCACCAGCUGGCCUGUAACGGUGUCCUGGAGGGUAUUCGCAUCUGCAGGAAGGGUUUCCCCAACAGGCUUCAGUACCCAGAGUUCAAGCAGAGAUAUUACAUCUUGAACCCGAAUAUCAUCCCAAAGGGAUUCGUAGACAACAAAAAAGCCUCUGAAUUGAUCCUGGGCUCCAUUGGACUAGACCCCUCGGAGUACAGAAUCGGACACACCAAGGUGUUUUUUCGUGCCGGAGUGUUGGCCAAGCUGGAAGAUAUGCGUGAUGAGCGUCUAGCAAAGAUCAUGACGAUGCUCCAGGCACGCAUAAGAGGUGUUCUCAUGAGAAUCGAGUUCAAGAAGAUGGUUGAAAGAAGAAUUGCUCUCAUUGCUAUCCAGCGAAAUGUGAGGAAAUUCCUGCAGCUUCGUUACUGGGGCUGGUGGAAGCUCUACACAAAGGUUAAGCCACUGCUCAACGUGGCUCGUCAAGAAGAGGAGCUGAAGGUCAAGGAGGAGGAACUGCGACUCGCUAUGGAGAAAGCGCAGGAGAUGGUUGAAAAAGUUAAAGACCUGGAAGAGAAGCUGGUGACUCUCUCCAAAGAGAAGAAUGACUUCGCUUUGGCACUGGCAGCUGAACAAGAUACGAUGGCAGACGCAGAGGAGCGCUGCACGCAGCUGAUGAAGCAGAAGAUCAACCUGGAGGGUGAAAUCCAAGACAUGAAGGAGCGUCUGGAGGAGGAGGAAAGUGCAGCGAACAGCCUUGGUGCACAGAGGCGCAAACUGGAAGUGGAGCUCAAUGAUCUAAAGCGGGAUCUGGAAGAGCUGGAGUCCACCUUGGCAAAGACAGAAAAGGAAAAGCAGAGCCUGGACCAGAAAGCGCGCACUCUUACGGGAGACCUGGGCCAGAGGGACGACACCAUCGCCAAGCUGCAGAAGGAGAAGAGAGCCCUGGAGGAGCUUCAGCAGAAAACUUUGGAUGAUCUUCAGACGGAAGAGGACAAGGUCAACCACUUAACUAAGAACAACAGCAAGGUCACCACUCAGCUUCAUGAGGUGGAAGACAACUGGGAUCAAGAGAAGAAAAUCCGUGCCGAGGUGGAGAAAGCUCGUCGGAAGGCAGAAGGGGACCUAAAAAUGACGAUCGAAAACCUCAACGAAAUGGAAAGAGCCAAGAUAGAUCUAGAGGAAGUUGUUAAAAAGAGAGAUUUGGAGAUCAAUCACCUGAACACAAAAUGGGAGGAUGAGCAGUCGCUAAACUCCACUUUGCAGAGGAAGCUGAAGGAACAUCAGGCCCGCAUUGAGGAGCUCGAAGAAGAGCUGGAAGCUGAGAGAGCAAUAAGAACCAAGGUAGAGAAACAGAGGGCAGAUCUAUCUCGUGACCUGGAAGACAUUUCAGAUCGACUCGAGGAAGCGGGAGGAGCCACCGUGGCUCAGAUCGAGCAGAACAAGAAACGGGAGGGUGAGCUGCUGAAGUUGCGAAGGGAGCUGGAGGAGGCGGCUCUGCAGGGGGAGGCGACCGCCUCGGCGCUGAGGAAGAAGCACUCAGACUCCAUGGCUGAGAUGGCUGAGCAUGUGGAGAACCUGCAGAGGGUCAGACUCAAGCUGGAGAAAGACAAACAAGUCAUGAAGGCCGAGAUCGAUGACCUCAAUGCCACAAUUGAGUCAAUUCAGAAAUCGAAGCUGAAUUCUGAAGCUCAUGUUCGCAAGUUGGAGGACAACCUGGCUGAAGUCACUGCCAGACUGACGGAUAUGGAGAAGAAUCAGACGGAGCUAAAUGCCAUUAAGAUUCGCCUUUCGGCUGAGAACAGUGAUUUGAGCCGUGAGUUAGACCAGACCCAGAGCAAGUUGACCCAGAUCUCACGUCUAAGAAGUUCUCUGAUCUCUCAAACCGAUGAGCUCAAGAGGCAGGUGGAUGAGGAAUCCAAGACUCGAAGCACGGCAGUGGUGAGCCUAGCUAAUGCACGUCAUGACCUGGACUUGAUGAAGGAGCAGCUGGAGGAAGAGCAGGAGAGCAAGGCUGAGAUGCAACGUCUCAUCUCCAAACUCAACUCUGAGGUGACCACUUGGAGGACCAAAUAUGAGACGGACGCCAUCCAGAGAACCGAGGAGCUGGAAGAGACAAAACGCAAACUGGCGGCCAGGCUCCAGGAGGCUGAGCAGGCAGCAGAAGCAGCACAGGCCCGAGCAGCCACCCUGGAGAAGGUCAAACAGAGGCUGCAAGGAGAGGUGGAGGACCUCACCAUCGACCUGGAGAAGUCCAACGCAGCGGCUGCUGCUCUAGACAAGAAGCAGCGUACCUUUGACAAGAUGAUUGCCGAGUGGAGCCAGAAGUGCGAGGAGCUGCAGCUGGAGCUGGAGAACUCUCAGAAAGAGUGCCGCUCCUACAUGACAGAGGUCUACAAACUCAAGACCUCUUAUGAGGAGUCCCUCGACCACUUAGAGACCGUGAAGAAGGAUAACAGAACCCUCACUGAUGAGAUCAAAGAUCUUGUGGAGCAGCUUGGGGAAGGUGGGAAGAAUGUCCAUGAGUUACAGAAGAUUAGGAAAAAGCUGGAGGUAGAGAAGGAAGAACUUCAGUUGGCCCUGGAGGAGGCCGAGGCUUCCCUGGAGGUCGAGGAGAGUAAAGUGGUUCGUGUCCAGCUGGAGUUGGCUCAAGUCAAGGCGGACAUUGAUCGCCGAAUUCACGAGAAGGAGGAGGAAUUUGAGAUUACAAGGAAAAAUCACCAACGUGCAGUGGAGUCCCUGCAAGCCAGCCUGGAGGCAGAGGCCAAAGGCCGAGCCGAAGCCCUUCGGCUGAAGAAGAAGAUGGAGGCUGACUUGAACGAGAUGGAGAUCCAGCUGGACCACGCCAACAAGAACAACAGCGAGCUGGUGAAGACCCUGAAGAGACUGCAGCAGCAGAUCAAAGACAUGCAGGUGCAGAUGGAUGAGGAUGCACGGCAGCACGAGGAGCUGAGGGAGCAGUAUAACCUGCAGGAGCGCCGCCUCAGCUUGCUGCAGACGGAGAUAGAGGAGGUGCGCAGCGGCCUGGAAGCCUCCGAACGCUCCCGCAAGCUGAUCGAGCAGGAGCUGGUGGAGGUCACCGAGAGACACAAUGAGCUCAAAGUUCAGAACCAGAGUUUGAUCACUAUCAAACGCAAAAUGGAGACAGACAUGACACGUCUGACCAACGAGAAUGAGGAGCUCAUCUGCGAGUUCCGCACAGCGGACGAAAAAGCCAAGAAAGCCAUCACUGAUGCUACCCGCAUGGCGGAGGAACUGCGCCAGGAGCAGGAGCACUGCGUGCACCUGGAGAAGAUCAAGAAGAGCAACGAGAUCACAAUCAAAGACCUGCAGCUCAAGGUGGAGGAGGCUGAGGAGCUCGCUCUGAAGGCCGGCAAGCGAACCAUCCAAAAACUAGAGACUAAGAUCAAGGAGCUGGAGACAGACCUGGACACGGAGCAGAAGCGCCACGUAGAAACGGUGAAGGACCUGCGGAAACAUGAGCGACGCCUCAAGGAACUGAUCUUCCAGACUGAGGAAGACCACAAGACUAACCACCGCUUGCAGGAGCUAGUGGAGAGACUGCAAAGUAAACUCAAGGCCUACAAGAGGCAGAUCGAAGACGCGGAAGAGCAGGCAAACACUAGCUUGUCCAAGUACAGGAAGACGGUGCACGAACUCGACGACGCGGAGGAGAGAGCAGACAUGGCUGAGAUGGCGCUGAACAAGCUGAGAACCAGGAACCGUGCCUCAGUGGGGAAAGGCUUCACCUCUGUGGAGAUCAUCCAGGUGUCCAAGUCCUCUUCCAAGGGUGCCUCUGAAGAUUAAAGCUCUCCUAGCAUGGGGGUAAUACUCACCAUAUAUGCUCUCUCUGGAAGCGACUGUGCAGAAAAGAAGCCGAAAUGUCAAGUUCCAACACUCAAGUCAUAAACUUACAGUCUUACAUAAAAGUAUCAUUCCUUGAAGGCCUAAGCCCGAUUGAGUGACCACCAGGGGGCGCCGGUCUCACAUCUCUGACAGAGAGAGUAACAUUGUGCCACCCAAAUGUCGCGUGUCCGCCUGUGGGUUUGCUGUCAUCCUAAUAAACACGAAGCAGAAA